AUGAUCACCUGGAAGGCACACAAGGAGCCUAUUCAAAUUAAUGAUGCCAAAUUCAGUGGACUCCAUUUUAUUCAAGUUGGAUGGGCUGUACUUCGUGGCAUCAAUCUUGCGUCUGAAGAUGCAAAUUAUUGCCCCAUGAAUUCUCCUAAUGUCAUGAUGUCAACGUCGCUGCAGUCCUACUACAAAGUGACGCUAGAGCUGCAAGACAAUAUUGCCGAUCAAGAUCUGCAAGUGGGGGUGCUCACAGACUUUGUGGUGAGCUCGCACGAUGCGAUUACCGAUGCAUACUGCAAUUUGAUCCACGAAGUGCUUGUUGAAGAGGACUGA